AUGCAACAACCCGCGGGCGCGUCGUUGACGCUCGCGGACAAGGCCGCGGCGUUGGUGAUCCCCCACCAGGUCAGCACCGGCGGCCUCGGCCGCGAGACCGGCGGGCGCAGCGCCAUUGCCAAGAGCUCCACCGAGGCCUCCGCCAGCGGUUACAAGAUGGAGGGCACAAAGAAGUACGGCAUCAGCGCCUCGCGCAAGGCCAAGCUGCUGGCAGCCGUGCCCAGGUGA